GUGUGCUGUCAGCUGACAGUGUGGACCUGUAGCCGCCGUCACAACACAUACAUGUAGCAGCAGACUGGCCUGCCGUUCCGCCGCGGUGGGUUACGUUUCCUUGCAUCAAGAUCGUGAAAGGUUUGUGCAAAAUUGACCAAUGGCGGACGGAGUUCCACCACCAUCGCCGGCGCUGAAGCCAUGCCUGCUGAACGAAAUCCGAGAUCUUCACGAUGUUGUGAUCACGGCGGUUAUUCUCCCCAAAGGUGACGGAUUAAUCAGUCUGUCUGAAGACGGAACUCUUCAGGUUUUGCUAAAGAGAAAAGGCGACCAGUACUGGCCCAGCAUCCACCACACAAUGCAAACAUCGUGUUCCUGCAUGGCCUUCAGUCCAGAGACCAGGAGAUUGUUUGUGGGCACGGUUGCUGGAAACAUCUGCGAGUUCUCCCUUUCAGAAGACUACAACAAGAUGACCCCGGCUCUCACAUACAGUGACCAUCAAGGUACCAGGAUGACGGUGGUGCUCUUUGUGUUGGAGGUGGAGUGGCUCCUGAGCACCGGGCAGGACAAAAGCUUAACAUGGCACUGCUCAGAGAGCGGCCAGCUGCUGGGGACAUACAACACCACUGCAUGUGUUUCAGGACUGCAAUUUGACGUCGAGACCAGACACGCCUUUGUAGGUGACCAGUCUGGUCAGGUGACCAUCCUAAAGCUGGAGCAGGACAGAUGCAGCCUAGUUACCACCUUCAAAGGACACACAGGGAAUAUCACAGCACUGUGUUGGGAUCCUAUUCACAGGAUGCUGUUCUCGGGCAGCUCAGAUCAGUCUAUCAUCAUGUGGGACAUCGGAGGACGGACUGGCACUGCUAUCGAACUGCAAGGACACAAGGACAAAGUUCAGGGCUUGUGCUAUGCUUCACCCACUCAUCACCUCAUCUCCUGCAGCUCAGAUGGAAGGAUGGUCAUCUGGGACAUGAAUGUGACACGGGAAGAGACCCCUGAGUGGCUGGACAGUGAUUCCUGUCAGAAAUGUGAGAAGCCGUUCUUCUGGAACUUCAAACAGAUGUGGGACAGAAGGAGGAUCGGCCUGCGACAGCACCACUGCAGGAAGUGCGGUGAAGCAGUGUGUGCCAAGUGUUCGUCCAACAGCUCCCCGAUCCCCCUCAUGGGCUUUGAGUUUCCGGUCCGUGUGUGCAACACCUGUCAUGAGUCCAUCCCUGAGAAGGACCGAGUGUCCACGUCCACCUUUCACAACAGCGAGCACAACAUUGUUUACAUGCACUACGAGUCCACUAUUGGAAUCCUGCUUACCUCUGGCACAGACAAGGUUAUCAAGAUAUGGGACAUGAAUCCAGUCCUCAAGUUUCCAGAAGAUAAGCAGUUUGAAAGACACUCAGAUAAUUGAAGGCGAUUUAUAGCUCGCAAAGCUCUUGGUGGGGAAAAAGCCUUUCAGGCUCCACUUGACUAGUUCCGAAACUCUUCAACUAUGGUCUCGCACAUUCAUAGUAACGCUGCUGUAUGCUGCAGGCCAGCAAAGCCUGAGAAGAAAAAGGGGGCACUUCCUCGGUUAACGGUACCCAAAGCUUGUGUGAAGAAACACCAAUGUUCAGAGAUAUCUUUGUACUCUAGGAGGCUUUGAGAAUUUACAUGGUAAAUGUUAUGCAUCAAAUUUAACUAAUUAAAUUGGACUUUUUUCAAUUUGAAUCAAUAAAUAAUUAUAAACAAGCAACUCAAGCCUUUCUUCUCUCCAUUUACUGUAGUGUUUCUGGCUAAAGAGUUGUCUACAUUCUAAAAGGGAUCAGUUCUGACUGGAAACGCUGGAGCAGAUAGCAUGUUCUUCUCAGGAAGCGGUUUGAUCUUGCAGGUUGAACAGCUGCUUAUUGCCUGUUGCCCCCUGCAGGCAAUAACAAAAUGCCUCUUAAAAAUCUGUAAAGCUACUGACACACCGGGCAUUCAAGAACACACAUUUAUUCUCUUUUUUUUUUCUUUUUUUUUUUUUCUACCGUUUACUAGCGCAUGUAGCUACCGUUGGAGGAGGCUUGGUGUGAAAUGUGGAAGCGGUGCAAAUCUCGCGAAUUUUGCUCCAGGCUUGAUGUUUCACAGCUCUAUUCCAAUGGAUGAAAAAACCUGGUGUCAUGGAAUUCCGUCCAGGCACAACCCGCUCAUUUCUCCUCCACGAUCACAUUUCAAGCGGUUGGCACUUUUGUGAAUGAAAGCAGACGCCAUCCAUGCGUCACUACCAAAUCAGAGCCCCUGAUUGGUCAAAGUUUGACCUGCACACACUCACCCUCACAAACACACACUCUCAUUUCGCAAGGAAGGUGGGACCUUGGACCAUCUGUCCCCUACCCCAUCCCUGGUAGGGGGUACGGGGCCCUUGGCAACGGCGGCCGUGUCCCCCGGGUGCCGGUUUCCUGGGCCUGACGGUGCUCUCUCCACCCAGGGAGAGGGAUCCCUGAGCCUUUUUUGGCAAGGUCACAAGCCGGGGAUCGCAUUACACCUGAGCCGGGGGUGUCUGUGUCCCUGUGGGGUGGGUUUUGGUCCUUGCCCCCGGGUGCUGGGCCUCGCCAAAUUUCCAACAGUGGCCGAGCCUGGUUGGGCCACGUUUACAACAACCCUCUGGUUUGUCAGAAGAUUCAUAACCCCUGUUGUUAAAGUAAAAUAUGUCCAACACAAGAGGCCUUCAGCCCUCAUCUGUCUGCCCAGCUGUUGGACAGGACAAGUUAAAAAAAAAAAAAAGUUCGACCUGGUUUAACUUGCAACGUGUGUUCAGCAGCCACAGGUUUUGUACGCAGAGCCCGAAAACUGUCUUUAAAAUCUGUGUAGCAAUGCUUGAACGCAGGAAUUUUAAACGCAGAAGCGUGAAACAUGCAUUGGCAUAGACUUUUCAUUGAAAGGGGCCGCUAUAUGCGCGUCGCCGAGGGGGAUGUGAACGUAGCUUUACAUUUUAAAUAUGAAGGUUACUAAAGAAACCCAAAAAUGCUGCAUGACUGCUCAUGUUUGACACUAUGCUUUUCAGAGAGUGUGUAGGUCUUUCUGAUGUCCUCUUCUGUUACAUGCAUCAGAAAUGUAUAUCAAUUGGUGCAAUGAAUUUUUUUGGGCUUUAAGAUUUGAUAAAACAGCACGAAAUGUCUCUGUUGAAAUUGCACUCUGUGUAAAGUUUGACACAAAUGUCCAUUUUCCUUACAUAUACUGUCAUCAGAAUUGUUAUGGAUUAUUCGAUUGUGUUUUUAUUUUUUUAAUGACAUGUCGAGUUAAUACAAGUGGUCAUUUCAAAGUAAUUAGCUUCAGAGGAAAUGUGGGAAAUUGUCUUCAAAUACUAGGCCAGUAAUUAUUCAUAAAACCUAACAUUGUUAAGCUUUUUAUUUUAUUUUCAUGUCAAGAUCCAUCCUUAAAAUACCACAGAAUUCAAAAUGUGUUUUUCCUGAAUGCUCAAGAAUUUUAUUGAAGGGGCAAACAUUUUUAAUCAUGAUGGUUUUGUUUAUCAGACUUGUUUUACUGCUGUUCCCAAUACUGAGGAAAGACAUUUGCUGAUAUUAAGGAACAUCUGUGAUGAUUUUCUAGUGGGAGGAAGACUUUUAUGCAGAACCACAUUUGUGUUUUCAUGGAUAAAUAUUUUAACCAUAACGGUCUUAAAGCUCACCCUUUUCCAAAAAUUACUGAUUUAUAUUUUUUCGAAUGAGCUCAUCCUACAAAUGCAGACUUUACCUGUCUGAAUUGUUUUGUUUACUUCUACUAUAAAUAUUCCUUUGUGGCAAAACUUUCUUAAAAUUAAUUUGAUGGUUGCUGGUCUGAUUGUUCAACGAAUUGCAAGAAAAUUUAAUCUUAAUGAGCAAAAGAAAAAAAUCCUAAAACUAGAAGCAUGUGAGGAAAAUUGUUUAGAUAUUUUUGCGUUCCAAAUUUGAAUAUACAUUGAAGGUCAGUGGCUUCUGUUGCAGAGAGCUUGUAUUAUUACUGCCCAUUAAUGGAACUGUGAGAAUAAAUGACAUUUGGAUCACCCGUC